AUGAAAGACGUCGAUGAGGCGUUGGUUUUUAUUGCCAGAGAUCUGAUGCAUCCCGUUCUAACCAAAGGAACGCUGGGUGAUGUGGACAAAUACGCUCGUCGGAUUCUGGAGGCGGAACAGGCUGGUCGCGUUGUGCUGAAGGUCACUUAG